AUGACCAAAAUCAACUAUACUAAAAUGAUUGUUGUCUUCAGGCAAAAGGGCGAUUUAACAUUCUGGACAAAUCCAACCCCCGAGACUUUGAUCAAAGAAUGCAUUAGCCCUUAUAUGAGACCUUGUGCCGACCACGCAACAAAGACUAUCAAAUUCACUUAUGAGAAAGAAAAUGACGACGCGCAGAUGAUGAAGGCCGAGAUGUGGCCAACGUUCUAUAGGCUGCAGAUGUUUAAUGACUGGGAAGUUUCUGAGAUAACUGCUUUUCGUAAGGAUGGGAAAACCGAAACCCUUAGUGCUUGA